AUGGUAUUAGUCGGCUACUCAGACUCAGAAGGGUCUGACGACGAGUCGCCUCCAAGCAAGGCUGCAACAUCGACAACAACGAAACCUCCUCCACCUACCACCACAUCCAACCCAACCUUCACCGUCAACAAGUCGAAUCCACGAAAGAUCCAAGUCCGAUUACAAGACAUCAGCGAUACAAACGGUCAUAAUGACGAUGAACCUGCCCCGAAACGACCCAGAGUAGGAGCGAGUGCUUUUAGUGGCUUCAACUCUUUCCUCCCUCCACCGAAACGAGAUGCUGAUGCAAAAAUCCCCUCGAAGCCUUCAACGCGCAAGGUGUUUAGUCUGAAGACCGGUGCAGAGCCGGGUUUCAGUCGAGAGUCAGACGCCGAAUUGCGCAAUGCCUUUGCGGAGAGAGAUGCAAAUGCGGACAAUACUACAAAUGGAGGAUAUGACGAUACUAUUCCAUCGGCUCCUAAGACCAGUCAACCCUCAACUACAGAACCUGUGAUCAAAGGCAACCCUUUCAUGUUCAAACCAUUGUCUGUGGCGAGAGGGAACAAGAAAAAGAAGUCUGCAUAUGCUUCAUCCAUACCUGCAAAGGUUUCCAACACAGUCAAUACCAUUUCUGCUCAACCCCAUUCCGCUGCAGAUGCGCCAGAAGACGCUCGUCCCGCUCCGGUGCCGAAGAAAGUGAGCCUCUUUUCUAUAAAUCACAAUUUGGAUUCAGGACCAGACCCUGUCUCCGAGGAUGUGGACGAGGAUGCCGCGCUUGACACGGCGGUUGACGAAUUCGCGCCGGACGACCAAGUUCACGCCACCACGACGCAAAACACCACUACCAAUGGUCCACAAUCCCUUGAUUCUAUCGCGUCUGACCUCAAUCUAUCAGAAGCAGAUCGACGGCAGUUGUUUGGUCGAAGAGGUCAACCCACUGGCUCGGCCAUCAAUGUGGUCAAUUUUAAUACCGACCAAGAGUACGCUGCCAAUGAAGUAUUGCGUGCCAGUGGAGAACAGAUUCAACACAAUCCAGUCAGAGGAAUUGCUCCAGGCAAGCAUAGUCUUAAGCAAUUGGUUAAUGCUGCUGUGGGACAAAAGGAAGCUUUGGAAGAAAGUUUUGCCACGGGUAGGAGGAACAAAAAGGAAGCGGGGAAUAAGUAUGGAUGGUAG